CGUCCUCGUGCCCGCGCACGAUUUCACAGAAAAGCAUAUGCUUGUAUCUGCAGAAUUGCAGGAGUACACUCAUCGUUCACAAUUAAGCAACGACGUCGCUUUCGAGCGGUCCCCAUACAACCCACCAACCACACUUUCUCGUGCCUACCUCAUUUUGUAGUUAACCCACGCUUUUCGCUGUUCUUCAAAAAGCAAUGGUCUUGUUGAAGUAUUCAGCUAUCCCGAAUCCUUCCUCCACCCUUCUAAUUCCCUCACCACCUUUCAUUUUCUUUCCAAUAUUCUCCAGUCCUUGUAUCCCCAAAAUUUUCUCCUUUUCCUCUUCUUUAUGAUAUAAAUUUCCCUGCCUUUUCAUUUCUCUGUUUGGUAUUUUUGGGGAUUCUUUCGACGGUCUUAUUCAAGCUUUAGACACGAUGGGGAUUGCGACUGUAGGAAGACCCCACCUAAGAAGUUGUUCUGCGGCACUGGUGCUCCGCUUCGAAGCAUCGUCGUUGUCCCCGAAGCUAGGGUUUUUGGGCUUUCAAAAUGCCGAUUCUGUGGUCAAGUUGAGAUCGAGAGACUUGCUGCAAAUCAAGGCCGUAGAGGGGUCGAAGAGCGCGAGUGUUAAUGGGAUGAGUGUCGACGGUGAUGACAAGAACCCAGCGGAUUUGAACGAAAUUAUGAGGAAUGGGAGUGCCGGUAAAAAGGGGAGACAUCUCGAACAAUUAUCUAUUCUUGGAAACUCAACAAAUAUUCUCUGGCACAAAUGCUCGGUUGAAAAAGUCGAUAGACAGAAGUUACUUGAUCAGAAGGGAUGUGUAAUAUGGAUCACUGGUCUUAGUGGUUCUGGAAAGAGCACUGUGGCUUGUGCUCUAAAUCAAAUUUUGCAUCAGAAGGGGAAGUUAUCUUACGUUCUUGAUGGAGAUAAUCUCAGGCAUGGCUUGAAUAAGGACCUUAGUUUUAAAGCUGAAGAUCGUGCAGAGAAUAUAAGGAGAGUUGGUGAGGUAGCAAAGCUAUUUGCAGAUGCUGGAGUCAUCUGCAUUGCAAGCUUGAUUUCUCCCUUCAGGAGAGAUCGGGAUGCAUGCCGUGCACUUUUGCCAGUUGGAGAUUUUAUCGAGGUUUUCAUGGAUGUGCCACUACAAAUAUGUGAAGAAAGAGAUCCCAAGGGCCUUUAUAAACUUGCACGAGCAGGAAAGAUCAAAGGCUUUACUGGGAUUGAUGAUCCGUACGAGGCCCCAUUGAAUUCUGAGAUAGUGCUAAAAUGUGGAGAUCCGUGUUCUUCCCCUAUUGAGAUGGGUGAAAAAGUGGCCUUGUAUUUGGAAGAGAAAGGUUACCUACAAGCCCAAUAAUGGCGUCUUCUUUCUCUGCUACUAAAAUCUUCUGAACUCUCUCUGCUUUGCUUUAGCACCAUAUUCUGCGUCUUCUGCCUCAAUGAUGAAGUAACAAGUUUACUGGCAAAUUACUCUGAUUUCUCUCAAUGUUUGGUUAUAUUACUCUUGAUACCUUCAAGAAUUUGCUCAAUGCUCAGACUUGUUGAUAUAUUAUUGCAAAAAUUGCCCCUUCAUUCUUUUUAAUCAAUGAUUUUUUGUGCGUCAAUGAAGAGGUGUCAAAUGUAGUUUAGUCAAAUUUCACGAGAAGUCAAUGUAAUUUGUUUUGAAAGGAGCCUUCUGGCAGUGUAUAUAGACUUGGCCAAAUCCUUUAUGUGAAUAUCUGGGACCUUGUAUGAUUGUAUCCGUUAUAAAAUGAAAUGACUCUAUUUAUUGAGUUUGAUCA